GCUCCAUAGUCUGUGCUCCACUUCUGAUCACUUUGCUGACGUGUUCCGUGUGCACCCUUUCAGACUCCACAUGAGGACGCACAGUCACACUAGCAUUGUAACGUCUCUCUUAUUACAAUUCAUUGUCAUGACGUUGUGCUACUCUUUCCAUGGGACCGUCAACUGCGAACCAUUUCCACUGCGACCUGCAUAUGUCACGACGUGCAGUGGUCCGCAAGAUCUGACACUCCGACGCGCGUGGUGGACCUUCGCACAGAAGGAUUUGCGUAUGGUCAACUUUGCACAGCGCUGUUGAGAGUACGCGAUAUUCGAACGUCGUGGUCAGUGGUCACCCACGAAUGAAGAAAG